AUGUCGUCGGUGUGGUUUGACAAUGGAGACGCCGGAACAUGCACUCAGAGAUUGCGUUUGGGUCUCUCCCACUCUGGGAAAUGUCCCCUUUGCGCCUCCAACCUUUGGCAAGUAAUGAUAUCCCCCAUCACUACUUGGUUCGAUCGCAUUCGACAGAAUCCGGUUAAGGAGGUUCAUUCUCUGUUUGCGUCGAUUGCCUGGGCUUGCUGGUACUCGCAGAAUCUCCUUAUCUUCCAAGACAAAUCUCUCUCUCAUGUUGAUUGCCUUGCGAUAGCGCACCGUGCUGCUUGUUCGAAAUCCUUACCUGAUCACCUGCCGCUUACCAGAAACCUUACUCUCAAUUGCUCUCGUGACUCUCAGCUCAAGAUUAACUGCGAUGCAGCGAUUGAUGUGGGACGUGGCCUUGGUUUUGGUGUGGUUAGUAUGAACAAGGAUGGGAUGUUGGUGGUUGGUCGUCAGGCUUUCAUCCCGGGGUUUUAUUCGGCGGAAGAAGGCGAGGCUAGAGCAAUCCUUGAAGGUUUGAUCAUGUGCAAAGAUAAGGGCUUCGAAGACAUCAUCAUUGAGACAAAUUGCCAAUCCUUAUUUUGGAGAUUUCAGAACAGGAAGGAGGAUCGUUCUUAUCUUGGUGACACUGUUGAUAAGAUUUUAAGGCUAGCUACUUCUUUUGGUUGCUGCUCCUUUAGCUGA